ACUUACUCUAUGAUUAACGUCAACGUACGCCAUAUUGUCGAAGCUAUAUACCAUUGUUUUGAGAAUUGAUAACAUAUUCAAAAUAUUGAGCAUAUCUAUGAAAUGGCUGUUGAAAAUAAAACUGAUUACACAGAAGAAGAUGAUGAUUUGGAAGCUUUAAGACUAGCAGCCCUCAAUUCUAUUAAGAAAAAAAACGAAUCAAAAUCUAAAAAAGAAUUUAAUGUAUUACCUCAUAAUAAUUAUAAAGGAACUUUUAGAGGAGGAAAGAGAAGAUUUUUUUCUGGACAAAACAGGGGAGGAAAUAGAAAUGGCCAGUACAAUAAUCAAGUCAGGAAUCCUAAUCUCAUUGCCAUCCCAACAUCUACAGAAAGCUCUGAAAAUACUGAAUUACGAGUAUCAAAAUUUGCCAUUAAAAAUGAAGACCCUCCCAAGUUGAUACUACCUCAAGACAGAUAUGCUAAUUCAACAACUCAAGUGAUCGAAGCUGACGGCCCUAGUAGUAAAUUUGAUAGAUAUAACAAUUCAAAUUCUGAGUCUGAAGAAGAGGACGAAAUUUCAGAAUCUAAAUUAGAAAGGUGUGACAGCUUAGAGGCUCUAAUGGAAGAAUUAGAUGCAGAAAUAUUAGGAGAACCUAUCAAAGAAAGGAAAACUAAAGCUAAGAAAGGUUCUCUUGGAACAGACGAGAAAAUAAACAAAAUGAAGGUAGAUGAGAUAGUUAAAGCAGAAGAAGAAUGUGAGAAUGGGGACAAGGAUACUGGGAAACCCAGUAGUGAAGAAGUUAUUGUUCAUAAUAAAAGCCCAAUAAAGGAUAUAUCUGAAUUACCAGAUACUACUGAGGAAAAGCCGGAAAGUACAAUGAAAGAAGUUAAAGUUGAAAAUCAGAGAAAAUUCAUAAACUCUGGUAAAACCCAUCUGCAGAAAUCUCCCAGUCAGAGGAAAAGUUUGAACCGUCGAAUGAAUAAUUCCAGAGUCUUCAAGGCCCACCAACCCACAAACAAUCCUAUCAUGCCCCCUAAUCACCUAAUCAUGAAUCCUGUACAAGCUCCCCAGUUCACAACAGUUUACAACACAGUACCAUCUUAUACCAUACCCGAAGUGUUCCCAAUGAACCUACCCCCUCCAUAUAUCCCACCACCACAGAUGCAACAACAUAUUAUGCCCUUAGACAUACCCCCCGUAGGAUAUAAUGUACCUCAACUUCAGCCGUUAGUAAUAGAACCUCCAACUUCAUCUGUUACAAUGGGACCCCUAUCCCCUAGAAGUGCGGCAUUUGUCUUACAGAACCGCGCAAUUGUAGAAAAAAGGAAGAGGUCCCCCAGAAGGUCUUUCUCAAGAUCUCCCUCUCCAGCUCACCAUCGUCCAAGAUAUUCAAAAUCGCCUGUCUCAGGUAGACCCCACAGCCCUGUCCGAAGAUCCAUGAGCCCUGUCAGAAGACCUUUUAGUCCCCUCCAGAGAUCCUCCAGUCCUAGACGCUCACCUGUAAGAAGAUCUCUGUCGCCUUAUCGCAGGAAUAGAGAUAAAUCCCCAAGAAGAGAUUCUCCGAGGAGGUCUCCAAGGCGAGUAAGAAAUUCACCCAAAAGAUCUCCUAAACAUACUAGGGAGUCCCCCAAAAGAAACAAGGAAUCUCGUAGAACACCCAUCAAAGAUCGUUUGGGUAAUAGGAGUAAGGUUGAGGAGAAAGAAAUCCAGAACAAAGAACAAAAUUUAUUGAGUUCUCCAAAAAAACAAGAUUCUAAGCCACUGGAUCCUGUCUUGGAAGCUAGGAAGAGGAAAUUUGAAUCUAAAGGAAUCGUUAUGAAAGAAAGGGUAAUUAGAUUGAAGCCUAAAGAAGAUACCGUUCAGAAGGUUCCAGAAGAAAAAACUCCAAAACCUAAGGUUGAGGAAAAAUCAAAGCAGAAAACUGCAGAAACCUCAAAACCCAAAGUUGCAGAAAAAACAGAGGAUGCCAAGCCGAAGCAAACAGUUGAAAAGGCGCAGGAGAAGCCUCAGGCUAAAUCCUCUGUUAGAGAAGAAAACAGUACCAGGAUUGUAUUGCUUCCCAAAAACGAAACAAAAAUCCUAGCCCAAGGGACGACCCCUGUGGCACCCCAAAACCAGUUGGAAGAUGCAAUGAACGAGUUAGAGAUGCUGCUGAAGGACGAUGAGGCACUCGAAUUGACGGCCAAAGUAGACGAUUUGUUCAGCGACGAAGAGACAGAUCAAGAAAAUGAAGCAAAGAGAUCCAAAAACGAAACAGCGAACAGAAUAGUUAUAAACGGCUUUUCUAAAAAGUCUGAGAAAAAGUGCGACACCAAGGCCAAGUGGAAGUUCGAAGAAUCAAGGAAAGAAGUGAAUAAAACAAAGAAAGUCAAGAAGGAGCCCCUAACCAAUCCAAUCGAAAACCGGAAGAUUGAGAUCAAAAUAAGAAAUCCCUCGAAAUACGAGAAAAAUAGCAGUAAGAUAGGGCAGUCUUCCAGCGGGAGGAAAGUGGAGUUGACCAAGAAGGAGUCUUUCAGUGGAGAAGACAGUGAACCUGAGAUUGUAAUGGAGGAGGAGGAGGAAGAUAUUGAGGUCACCGCCAGUAAAGAAGGUGAUCUUAGGGCACAACUCAGUAGGAAAAGAGCCGAGAGACAAAAUAAACUACCUUCUGUUGAAGGUAUCCAGUCCAGACUCCUACAGAAUGCUCUUGAGGGAGCAGUUUUCAAAAAAAGGAAAUCCAAGAAAAAAGAGAAAGAAUCCAAAGAGUGCUGCAUGAUCAAGAAAUUGAUCAAAAAGCAUCGGUGUAUUACGGGCCAUUGCGAUUUGGCAGUGCAAUCGAAGAAAAAGAUCAAGCUUUUCAGACGAUUCGAGAUAUGCAGACGAUUCUUGACAGAUGUAAAAUUACCCAUUCAUCUUCGUCUAGGCAUAGCGCACGACUCUGACGUUUUUGCUGAAUCCAUCGUGUCUGAGAAGAUUCCCAGAAAGAAAUCCAAGAAAAGGAAGCACACAGAAAUGGAACAGGUAUUGUGUUAGUUGUGAAUAUUAUCAUUUAUCUAUUAUUUUAGCUUUAUUGUUUGUUAUUACACGUUUGUUAUAAGAUUGACAAGUCACUGUUACACAAUGAGUUCCUUGUUGCUUAUUAUCCAACACAGAAGUAUUUAUUUAUUCUAAAUCAUCACAAACUGUUAACUUUUGGAGAUUUAUUUCUUCGCUGUGUGUUGGUAUUAUUUCUUUUACAAAUUUCUGUUAUUUGCGUUCGUUUAUAAAACUUACUCAUUGUUUUUGAGAGUUUAUGGAGAAAUAUUCGUUAUUUUCAAAUCAAAUUUUUCGUUCUGAAGUUUUUAUCAAUUUUAAAAGUUUUUUAUUUUAAACGGGUGGUGUAUGAAGAUGUAUUAAAAUCUCCUGAAACUAUUUCGUUGUUUUUAAGUGUUUCAUAUUGAAACUCAUCUGUGAUACUUAUUUAUGUGAUAAAUCUGUGAUUUUUUUUUUUUACAAAUAUUUAUUAUAUAUGAAAUGUAUACUAGUCAUACUUGUAUAUUUUUUAUGUGAUAUUUGAAUUUUUUAUGGAUGGUUUAUAUUGCUUUUGUAGAGAAUGCAUAAUUCCUUUUUAAAAUGUAACAAUAUUCCAUAUCCUUCGGAAUAUCCUUGUAUCCUGAACAAUCCUGGAUCAUUUCCAAAGAGAACAAUGUGUGAAAAUAUUGUCCUAUAAAAAUAACAUAGGAUCCCUGUAUAUCUUAUCUUUUAUUGCAUGGAUCAGUCCCUCAAUUAUAUUUUUUUUUUCUUCAAACGUUCCAUUUGCAAAUCAUAUUUUGCACUGUAAUUAGGAAUUGAGAUAACCAAAAUAUCUGAACAUUUAAUGAAAUAUUUAUUACAUUUUGGAAAAUUUGGAUAGAAUAGGUUUUUAUUCUCAGAUUUGUUAUAAAUUAUACGAAUAUUUCAACAUUCUUAUUUGUUGAUCUGGCUGAACUUCUUGGGACUGAUCUGUUUCCAUCUCCUUGUAACAUUGCUUGAUGUAGGGAACAAAAUCAAAAUUUUAUAAUAUUUUUAAUCUGAUUUGUAAAUUUAUUGUGUAGCAUAGUUUAAACACACUAUUGGCAGGAAAAUACUUAUAGUUAAUUGUUUAUGAUAGGUAUAACCGUUCUCUCUCAGCUAGAGUGUCCACAAAAAAUCAACUAGGAGAGGCAACCAACAAAAGUGAAAUAAAAAAAAAAAGACUUCCACUGACUUAAUUUUCUUCUUUUCAAUUUCAGCUGUAAAUAUAUUCGGGAUAAUCAAUUUAUUUUAAUGCUUAUGAUUCUUGUAGAUUAAUUUUGUAUUAAAAUAUAAUGUUCACUUUAUUUG